GCAAUUCUCAUAUGACCCAUAUAGGGCUAGGACGAUUUCCUUUAAAGUCUCUAGUGCCACUUCAACGGUGUACUUCUUUUAAACCCUGUCUCGGUAGUUUUAGCAACGGUUUUCGGAGCAUGAGUCUCAGGCACCUGAGCUGGCGGAUAUUAGUUAAUCAGGAAACAACUAUCUUCAAAACUAGAGUCCGCUGUAUCCAUGUCACAGCCAUGGGAUUACAUCGCUAAGCUUGUCUGUAUUGGUGACUCUGGGACUGGAAAGUCUAGCUUGACUAUUCGGCUUUGCGAAGGACGCUUUUCAUCUUCCCACGAUGUGACCAUUGGUGUGGAGUUUGGUUCGCGUAUUGUUCCAGUUGGACCACCUGCUUCAAAGGCCCUAAAUAUAGAACCAGACACCAAGCCUCGCAACCGUUCCUUUUCGUCGCCAGUAGCUCUAGAUGCCGCAGAGGAGCCCAUCGUCUCCGGUUUACCUACUCCCCCACGAAAAAUAGCUGAGUCUCAGAAAAAGAUGAAGCUAUCACUUUGGGAUACAGCAGGUCAGGAAACGUACAAAUCGAUCACGCGGUCUUAUUUUCGUGGUGCCUCUGGUGCUCUGCUUGUGUUCGAUAUAACGAGACCAUCUACGUUUACUUCAUGCACACAGUGGUUGCAGGAUUUGCGACAAAUUGCGGAAGAAGGAAUUGUAGUCAUCCUGGUCGGUAACAAAAGCGAUCUGGCCGGUGAUGAUUCGGAACGGAAUCAGAGGCAUGUUACGAGGCGAGAGGCGGAAGAGUGGUGCCGCAUGAACAACGUCGUACGCUACGUUGAGACCAGUGCAAAGUCUGGUGAUGGCGUCGAGCGUGCGUUUCUUGAGGUCGCCGAGAGAAUCUAUCGAAAUAUCGAGGCGGGCAGGUACGAUUUGAAUGAUCGCAGAAGCGGAGUGAAGGGCUUCGGCGCUACCGGUGGGGGUAACACUAGUGUCCCGACAACUGUCACUCUAGGCUUGAACGAUGCGAUGCGCAGGGGCGGAAAUGCAUGGGCUGGAAACUGUUGUUGAAUAGAUCUCGGAGUGCGCCCACGACUGCGAUAAUCAUGAUUGUACAAUGCUGCCUGAUAUCAGCGAGAAGUCUACUAGGUUACCCUUUUUAAGACGUAAUCCUCAAUGCCUGAGCUAGGCAUUAGGAGAGUUUAAAACUUCCUAAAAACUACUGAUAGAGAU